AUGGAAGUGGAGGAGGCAUCGGGAUCGGCCGUCGCAUCCGGAUCUGGAUCGGAAGCCCCUGCUCCGGCCAACCCAAAUCCGGAACUGGAACGGGACAGGGACAGGGACUCGCACGGCGACAGAUCCACUCAUAGGGAUGAGUUUGGCACGCAGCGCGUUUACAAGAAGACCUCGCCAAAUUGCGUGCUGACCCUAUAUCUACCGACUCGCGAGAUAACGCUGACCGGGAACAAUCCGUCCGUCCUGCGGGGCAUCGUCUACGUGGAUCCGAAGGCCAUCCAGGGAUAUCGCGUAUACGCCCAGCUGACGCUGACGUUCCGUUACGGCCGCGAGGACGAGGAGGUGAUGGGUCUGCGAUUCUGCAACGAGGCCAUCAUGUCGCUGCAUCAGAUUUGGCCAAGACUCGAGGAGCCCACGCCGGAGUCCCUCAGUCCGCUGCAGGAGGCCCUGAUGAAACGCCUGGGAGACGGCGCCCAUCCCUUCACCCUAUCGCUAUCCUCCUACGCUCCACCCAGUGUCCAGUUGGUUCCGGCCAAGCGAUACUACGGAGCUCCGAUUGGCACUAGCUACGAUGUCCGUUGCUUCAUCGCGGACAAAACGGAUGAGAAGUUCCAUCGACGGGCCUCCGUGAAAAUGGGCGUACGGGUCAUUUAUCGCACGGAUGUCUUUCACCAGCAUUUGGCUCCCGAGCAGUUUGCCGCCUUCGCCGGCCGUCCGCACAGCGCCCAAUCGCCGCCGGCCAGUGCCACGCCCCCAUCGGGCGGGGAGGGCGGCGGUGGCAGUGGCGACCAGCAGUCCUCGUCAUCGCAUCAAUCACAAUCGCAAUCACAGCCGUCAAGCGGAUCCAAGCACAAGUCCAAGUCCGAGCGGGGCGACUCCUUUCCCAAGCUGCGCCUCUCGCCAAAAUCCUUUCGAUUCAGCGGUCGCUUCGGUCGCAGCAAGAGCGAGAUUGAAAAGUGCCCCAACGAUCCGUUCCACAACUACAGCAAGUCCUUCCAGGAGCACUGUGACAGCAUGUUGCCGCCGCACACUGGGGCCGGGGUCACCGGAGGCAUCGGGGGCGUCAGCGUGGGACCCUGCGGCGGUCCUCAGGGCUCCGUGGACAAGCCCUUCCUGCUGCACGACGGACGCGUUGGCCUGAGGGCCAGCCUGGACAAGGGCUGGUACACCCACGGCGAGGACGUCAAUGUGACCGUCAAUAUUCGCAACGACAGCCGCAAAACGGUCCGCAAAGUACGGGUCUGCGCCAUCCAGCACGUCGACGUCUGCAUGUUCAACAACGGCAAGUUCAAGAACGUGGUGGCCGACUCGGACAACGUGACCCCGCCGGUGGAUCGCACGGUGGCCGCCGGGGCCUCGCUGAACACGACGGUGGUCCUUCGGCCGCAGCGCGGUCCCACCAAGAACUGGAUCGCCCUGGAGGACACACUGCAGCGCAGCACCGAGCCGGAGGAGAUCACCGGCGCCAUUGCCGCCUCGGCCAUCCGUUCGCCGCAUUUCGUGAUGCAGAACGCCCAGCUGCUGGGCGGAUGCGGCCAUCCGCUGGGCAGUCCGGCCCUGAUCACCCCGCAUCCGCACUUGUGGCAGCCGGGGCCAGUCCAAGGUCAGUCCGGCCAGCCCAAUUCGGCCGGCAGCAAUGGCGGCAAUGGGGAGGAGCGCAACGUCUUCGCCAUCUACGUGUCCUACUACGUCAAGGUGAAGCUCACCCUGAGCGGCAUGGGCGGCGAGUUGUCCCUGAAGCUGCCCUUCGUCCUCGUCCAUGUGGAUGAGACCCAGCGCCCCGGCUUCGCCUCCGCCACGCUGGGCGAGCUGCGGCUGGAGAUGGAGCGCCUGGCCCUGCAGGAUGCGCCGGUGGGCAGGAGGAACGGACGACGACAGGCGCCCACCGCCGCGGAGAUCGGAGAUGGACCCUCCACGAGUGCAGCUGCCGCCGCCGCCGCUGCUGCCAAGUCAUCCGGUGGAGGAGGAGGAGCUGGAGACCUGGACAUGAUCGAGACCCUGGACGAUGAGUUCAACAUCAGGGUGCCGGUGCCGAAGAAGAACGGCUCCCACAAGCGGCGAUUGCAGCGCAGCGAGACCUUGGCCCGCGAUCUGGAGGAGCACGAGGAGCGGGAGGUUGGCCAGCUGCCGGAGGAGGGCGAGGACCACAUCGUUCAGAUCCAUCUGGAGCAGGUAUCGCCGGACAGGGAUGAAGUGCAGCGGGAGCAGCCGAGCCACGCCCCCGGAGCCGAGACCGGUGCAGUGCCCAAGUCGUCGAAUGUGUGAUUCUGAUUGUGGUCCCAGAUGUUUGCCAAACGCAAGAGGAAGCCGUAGUGCUACCAGUCCAACACCAGUUGCGUUUGCAGGCGAUUUUCCACUGGACUGCAAUCGAAUCGAAACGAAAUUCAUUCUUAAUAGGCCUCCUGCUAAAUAAAUCAUCCAUGAAAAAUGUUCAUCGAAAAUAUUCUAAUUUUCUUUUA